UUGGGCCGGCGGUGGGCGGGGUGCGGGCGCUUGAGGCUGAGCGGCGGCGUGGGAAAGCGCCGCAGAAGCGCCGCGGGCCACGCGUCGCUUGGGUGCUCGCUCCCCGCCCGUGGCAGGGGCCGUGCCGCCGCCAUGAAGCGGCCGUGCGAGGAAACUACCUCCGACAGCGACAUGGACGAGACCAUAGACGUGGGGAGCGAGAAUAAUUACUCGGGGCAAAGUAGUGGUUCUGUGAUUCGAUCAAAUUCCCCAACAACAACGUCUCAGAUUAUGGCCAGAAAAAAAAGAAGAGGGAUUAUAGAGAAAAGGCGCCGUGAUCGUAUAAAUAACAGUUUAUCUGAAUUGAGGCGGCUUGUGCCAACUGCUUUUGAAAAACAAGGAUCUGCAAAAUUAGAAAAAGCAGAAAUACUGCAAAUGACAGUGGAUCAUUUGAAGAUGCUCCAGGCAACAGGAGGUAAAGGUUAUUUUGAUGCUCACGCUCUGGCCAUGGAUUUCAUGAGCAUUGGAUUCCGAGAAUGUUUAACUGAAGUUGCAAGAUACCUGAGCUCAGUGGAAGGUCUGGACACAUCUGAUCCACUAAGAGUUAGACUUGUGUCUCAUCUCAGCUCUUGUGCAUCUCAAAGGGAGGCUGCUGCAAUGACCUCAUCCAUGGCUCAUCACCAUCAUCCCUUGCAUCCUCACCACUGGACAGCAGCAUUUCACCAUCUCCCUGCCGCUUUGCUGCAGCAGAAUGGACUUCAUUCCUCUGACACCACUCCUUGUAGACUUUCAACAGCAUCGGAAGUGCCUCCUCAUGGUUCUGCUCUUCUCACGGCUACCUUUGCCCAUGCUGACUCCGCACUCAGAGUGCCCUCUGCUGGCAGUGUUGCUCCCUGUGUCCCACCUCUUUCUACCUCUCUUCUCUCGCUCUCUGCUACUGUACACGCUGCUGCUGCGGCUGCUCAGAGCUUCCCUCUGUCUUUUGCUGGAGCAUUCCCAAUGCUUCCACCUAGUGCAGCUGCAGCAGUGGCAGCUGCAACAGCAAUCAGCCCACCAUUAUGUGUAUCGGCAGCUUCCAGUCCUCAGCAAACUAGUAGUGGUGGAAAUAGUAAACCCUACCGACCCUGGGGGACUGAAGUUGGAGCUUUUUAACACACACACACACACACACACACACACGCCUUCUUUGGACUUCAUACCGUAGUUACUCAAUGUCCUUCCUGUUCAGUCAGAUUGAAGAUCUGUAUCCACACAAACACCCUUAUAGAUGCCUGUAAGCCAAUCAAGGAACAGUAAAGCUAUUCUAGUGUCAGACUUCAAAGAGGGCAUAUAGCAGUAUUGGGUAUAUUUUUCUUUGUUUUGCUUAAGACACCUUGGUGAGCAACAGUGGCGUUCAGAAACAUCAUACCCUGUAUGACCAUUUAAAAGUUUAUUGGGAAAUAUGUAGACUCUAGACCCAAUAAUCCUCUACCCAUGCAUCAUUAUUUGGCAGACAGAUGGGGGAUAGCGCAUCUAAAUUUCUCCUGAAGCUGGUCGAAAAGUUUGAGUUUCCUAAGUGCCUGACAUACAUGUGCAUUUUUCUAAAGCAAAUCACACUGCGAAAGUAUGAAAAAAAGAGAUUGAGGGGAGCAGGAAGGGGAGGAUCCUGCAUUAAGCUACAGACAUUUUGAUACAUUUCCAGGAAAGAGUGAACUCUACACUAACAGGUUUAUUUAGCCAAAAGGAUUGCUGAGAAAGAAUGUUCAGCUUGACAGGCCUAGUUUUAUCUCACCUAGUUGACUUUCUUUGUACAGACUUGCCAAAUGGUGACAUCUAGCAUAGCACUGGUAAAAGCAAUUAUCUUAUCAGCGCUUGGAUUGAUGAACAUUUCAGCACUGUCUGUGAGACUUGAGGCACUUUGUGUUUUUUGUUUUUUGUUUUUUUUUUAAAUGGCUUAGACUAUGGUGCUUGCUUGUCUUUGUACAAGCAAUGAAUUUAUAGUGCACACAGAAGUAGCUGCCUACUAAAAGCGUGCACAAGUCAAGACAGUUGAUCCAUGCCAAUACAAGAGACUCAAUUUUGUUAAGAGUUCAGAUUAACUUAUUUAGUUGCAUUUGGACAUUUAUUUUUAGCGGCCUCCUGAUUCCGUGCAAGAUCUCUCCUCUUUUCACUGUCAACUUCUGGAGGUAACGAUUUCUCUGGGUCUGAAUGAAGUUACUGUGGGGGUGUUAUUUUAAAUUGGCUUUUUACAUGCCAACAUUGUAAAUGUGGGUUUGAUUCCAAACCAAAAUGAAUGUACUAAAGGCAUAUCAGUAAAUUAUUUUGUCAGUACCCAGACAACUAGUGCGGCAUUAAAGGUUUUGCUUUCUUUUUUAUUACAGUGACUUAAAAUAACCUAAUAUUUUAAUACAUUGACUCAAGAAUUAGAGAUUUUAUGAAAAAAUAAAACACAGCAUGUAUUAUUAUGCACUUGAUUUCUCUGCUGUGUGGAGAAAGCAAUAAACAUGGGGAAUGUUAAACAUUAUGCAAAAUAUACUUUAAAAUAUUUGUUUUUAAAAUACUGUACCUAGUUGCUUUUUUGUGCAUUACUUUGUUUAACCUUUUUCUAUGCAAAAGUCUUUACAUAUCACUAAUUAAACCAAGUCCUUUUUGACUG